AUGUUCGGCUGCUUGGUCGCUGGCCGCCUUCUCCAAACAAAUCUUCAACAGGUCGAUGACACGCAUGCAAUUUUUGAGCUACCAGCCGCCAGCACCAUCAACCACAUUUGCGUGUUCCUCCUUGGAAAUGUGCCCUUUCCUGAAGGCUAUGGAGCGACAGUACACUUCCAUUGGCCAGGGAGAGGGUUCCAGCUUCUGGGAAUGUUGUCCAACGACAAACCAUCGGCCAUCUUCCGUCUGCGGGGCACCUUCUCCGCAUCCUCGUCCCUAGCGCACGACGCCUUCACAGGGCGGCCACUAGCCGACAACGCAUCCGCAGAUGUCACAGCCAUCCUCGGGAUCGCAAUCGAGCCACUCUCCGUCAUCAUGCAGGAGGUCGCCAACCUCCCCUCGGCACUCGCAAGGCCCGCGCAGUCACCAGACUCGACGUUCCUCGCGGAGCGGAUCGUGAAGCACCUCUUCAACUACAUCGCGAGCUUCGUCGCGGGCUCGGGCGGGAGCGCGGCACUCGCCCCGGAGAGCAUGGUGCCCUUGGCCGUCAUCGCGCGGUGGUAUGAGUCUUUCGUGAACAAGGUCCGGAAUACGGGAAUAGGGUUUUUAGAGAGGGGAGAGUGA